ACGGCGAAAACAUGGUGCGAGUAGUGGUUUGGUUUUCUCUCGUUAUUGUCGUUAUGAUCCAAAUGCUGGGAGCAAAAGUUGAUAGUGAAAUUUUCGUUGUCGAAGAUUACGAACCAGAACUAGUACCACCCGAUGAAACAACAAAUUUAACUGUGGGUUAUGUAGUGCUUGAGUUGGGGAUAACGUGGAACAUUACCUGUACAUCUGAUAAACGCAUUAUGUGGACGUAUUAUGAGCCAUCGUAUGAAUGGAAACCAGAUGUCACCAUCACAAACAUCGAAUUGGAAAAUGUUUAUAGACCGUGCAGAAGCGUACUACAAAUUAGAAACACAUCAGCUGCAAGUGUUGGUCGGUAUUAUUGCGUUAAUUCUGAGGCUUGGCCAGAGCAACAGAAAGUACUGUUAGAUGCGUUGGUAACCGAAAACUCGGCAGUUACUAUAUAUGUGUACGUGAAGGAUCCAUAUCAGCCUUUGAUACCUCUAAAAGGGGGGCUGACGUUCAUUGUUUAUCCUCAUGAAAACGUUACUUUUCCCUGCAAACCAUCACAGCCUGGCAUGAACCCAGAAUUAUGUGUCGAAAACGAUAACUGUUACCCUAUCACUGAUCCAACCAAAGGAUUUAUACUGCAUUAUAAAGUGUUCAAAUUAAAGAAAUUAUCACUCACCUGCGAUUUUAACAAAAAUACAAUCUACAAUAUGUCCUUAUUUGUGGCUGAUAGGCGCAAACUGCUGGUGCCUUUUAUGAAAGGCAAUGAUACAAGGGUUGGAUUCCUAGGAGAGGCCAUCAUACUGAGUUGCAGCUUCCUGUAUGAAUGGCAUGUUCCUGAGAUAAGGUGGAAAGUUCCUCCAGACAGUCGACACAUCAGAAAGGAUGAAAGAAUUCGAAUUAGUCGCCUAGAUGUGAUGAAGAACUCGACGGAAACUGAUGAGUAUCUUGCUAUACAGGAGCUUCGUAUAGAACAGGCUUCAUACCAGGACGACGGAAACUAUCGGUGCGAAGUGUCAACAGAUGACAACUUUUUGUAUGAUAGUUACAAUUUGUACGUUCGUCAAUCUGGUAAAGACUACGUGAAGCUCAUGGAGAAGACUAAUACCGGAAUUAUUAACUGGAAGCCAAUCGAAAGCAAUUCAACACUACCUAUUGAAAUAUCCGUACAGUAUCGAUCAUAUCCGCGAAAUGUUUCUUAUACGUGGUACAAAAAUAACGAGGAAUUAAAAAUCAAUGAGACUCAAGACCCGAAAUACUCUAGAUAUGUGUUGAAGAAAUCGAAAUACAAUAUCAAACUGACGAUACACGAACCGACGGUCCAUGAUACGGAUUUCUAUAGCGUUGUUGUCAAUGCCGGAGACGCGUCUAAACGUUGCAAUGUUUCGGUUUUCGCGUAUGCUAAACCUACAGUGCAGCUGACUAGCAUUGAAGCUGGACCUAACGCGACUGUUCAAUAUGUAUGUAGCAGUACAGGGUAUCCAUUGCCAGAGAUACAGCUGUGGUUUAAACCUUGCAAUGAUACCCCUUGGCAAAACUGUUCGAUAGAGGAGAUACUGACAACAGGAUGGAAUGAGACCGAGAACGAGCGGAAAGAUACGUUGAUUUCAACGGAUCGCUCCUACACCAGAAUAGCCAACCAGUCAGGAGUUGUCUACUGUGCUGCUCAAAAUUCGGAAGGAAAUGUAACUGCGCGAGCCGAUUUGCUUAUUAGCAAUAUUAUAAACGAGAGAGUUGUUUUGAAGCGCAUACAGCCUCUAACGAUAGCUACUGUCGGAGAUAACGUAACGAUUUCCUGUUUAUCUGUAGUUUACUAUUAUACUAAUGAGACAUAUUUUGAGUACAAAGGUAAAAAGCUAAUCAAAUCUGAUCGAAUUUGGGCUUCAGAUGUCAGUUACAUUGGAAAUCCAUCGUACGUCUGGGAGACAAAUUUCACCAUAAUCAAUGCCAAUUUAAAAGAUGCUGGUAACAUUUCAUGUUUUGUGACGAAUAGAAAUGGAACAGUCGAACGUAAAGAUUUCAAUUUGACAAUUGACACUCCAAGUGAAGCGACAAUAGAUAGUAACUUCGAUAUUGAAAGUCAGUCAGUUGAUUUGAAUACCACCCUUGUUCUCGAAUGCCUUAUCGGUGGAGUUCCUGAGCCCCAAGUCAGAUGGUUCAAGAAGAAUGUUUCAGAUCACGAAGAACUAAUUCCAGAUAAGAACAACAUGAACAUAACUAUAUUGAAGCAAAAGGGUAAAAGUAUACUACAAAUCGAGAGUAUGCAGGAAAACAAUACUGGAACGUAUAGAUGUGAAGCAGAGAACAAAAUGGGCACGGUUUCAAAGCGCUGGAUGGUUACCAUACGCCCUACCUGGCUAAAAGAUUUUAUGAUAUUUUCCAUCGUGUCUCUGUUGCUUCUGUUGAUUGCUGCCAUUGUACUGUUUAUCCAUUUCUAUUAUAAGAAGAAAAAGGAAGUAGAAGCCAUGAAGGAGGCCGGUUUGGCAUACUUUGAGGAAGGAAAUCUAGACUGUUAUAAUCCUGCCUUGGCGUUAAACGAACAAGCCGAUCUCCUGCCAUACAAUGCUGAUUAUGAGUUUCCAAUGGAGAGCAUUGAGCUUCUAGAACAGCUUGGCUCUGGUGCUUAUGGUGUGGUCAUGAAAGCAAAGGCCAUUGGUAUAAAGGAACACGAGAAUGCAACAACUGUUGCUGUGAAGAUGAUAAAGAAGCAGGCCGAUAACGAGGCAAUCCUGGCGCUUGUUACGGAGCUCAAGAUAAUGAUUCACUUAGGUCAGCAUGUGAAUGUCGUCAACUUACUUGGAGCAGUCACGAAAAAUAUAAGCAAACGAAAACUCAUGGUUAUCGUCGAAUUCUGCCCACUAGGCAGUGUUCAAGACUUUUUACUGAAAUGUCGUCCACACUUUAUCGAUCAAAUCGUACCCGAAACGGGAGAGAUAAAUCGUCUUCGUCGAUCAGAGUCUGGUAACUUAUACAACAGUCAUGGAUUAAAAUAUGUGAAACUGUACUUCGGAACCGGAAACCGGAAGAACACGGUUGAAACGCGGGAUGAUGCGCAUGGCGAAUCGUCCCAAGAAGAGUAUCCGAGAAAGCGAUCAUCUGGUGGGAAAGUGGAGAGCUCGUCUGAUUUGCAGUAUCCACCUACGGAUGAGCCCAAGAAUACAAAAGGUUUGGUAAUUUCGAUGAAGACGUCCGAAUGCGCUGUGGAGUAUAUCAACAUGGAUAAACGCAAUGAAGGUUUAGAGCCUACCGUAGUAAUAAAAACUGAGGAGCCAGAACGAACCGUCAACACAACUGAUCUGCUUUGUUGGGCUGCUCAAGUCGCAAGUGGAAUGGAGUAUCUGGCUUCGCGAAACGUGCUCCAUGGUGAUCUUGCUGCCCGAAAUGUGCUUCUGUGCCACGACAACGUAGUGAAGAUAUGCGAUUUUGGUCUUGCACGAUCGAUGUAUAAAUGCGAUAAAUACAAGAAGAAGAACGAGGCACUGUUGCCAUUCAAAUGGCUUGCGCUCGAAUGUAUAAGCGAUCAUGUGUUCAGCACGUUUUCAGAUAUUUGGGCUUAUGGUGUCUUCUUAUGGGAGCUAUUUUCUCUGGCCAAAGCACCGUAUCCAGGAAUGGACGCGAAUGAAGAGCUGUACAAUAAGCUAUUGGAAGGCUAUCGCUUAGAAAAGCCACGUUAUGCAAACCAGGACAUUUACGAUAUCAUGCUUCCGUGUUGGAAUGAAACGCCAGAUUCUCGACCAUCAUUUCAAGAGCUGAAGAACCAAUUCAAUUCGAUGUUACCAGACGACAUUCGAGAUCACUUAUCGAAACUUAACGACCCAUACGUAGCGUUGAAUGCGGAGAAAAUUAAGCGAGGUGUCAAAGACUAUUUGGCCAACAUCGGUGCUUCAGAUAAAGUGGCGUCUUCUGUUCCAGAUUAUGUGAAUGUCCCGGCAUCUACGGAUACUGCUGAUGUUCAGCAGCAUAAUUAUGAAAAUAACCUCAACUUUACAUGCAAUCAGGCGAAAAAAUCCAGUGAAAGCAGAAAAAAUAGUAUGACACGAGAAAUGAUUGAGCUACCAACGAGAUGUGAGAUGGUUAGCAAAGAAUGUGAGGAAAUGUCUACGAUUUCACCAAGUUGUAGACCAAUAAGCAACAAUAAUCCCGAUUCUAUAGAAUCAGAUGACUCUGAUCAUGACGAAGCUGAGUCAUCCAAAUUAUGUCCUUUGUAUGCCGUCAGUAAUCCUGGUUACACCUUAUUUACCAAAGAUGAUGGUCUCUUGUAA